AUGUCUGAAUCACACGUCAAGAUUUCUCGCACCAUCAUACGCGGGACUUCCCCAAGCACUGUGCGACUUGAGAGUCGCGUACGAGAAUUGGAGGAUUUGCUCGAUCUUGAACGCGAUGCUCGUGUCCGGGCUGAGCGCAAUGCCAACGAGAUGAGCAUCCAACUGGACACUAUGGCUGAGCGUCUCGACGAAUUGAGCGGUACUUCCUCCCAGACUAAUGAUGCUAUUCGUCGUAAGGAUAUGGAGAUAUCAAAGCUGCGCAAAGAUCUGGAAAACGCCAACGCUGCUUUUGAAACUGCCGAGGCUACUCUGCGCCGCAAACAUAACACCAUGAUCUCUGAGAUUUCCAGCGAAGUUGAGAACCUACAGAAACAGAAAGGAAGGGCGGAGAAGGACAAAAGUCAGCUCAUGCUUGAAAUCGACAAUGUUCUUGGUCAACUAGAUGGCGCUCUGAAGGCCAAGGCCUCGGCAGAAAGCAAACUAGAGGGCUUAGACAGCCAGCUGACGCGUUUAAAGGCGCUGACGGAUGAUCUCCAGCGUCAAAUGGCUGAUGCUAAUUCGGCCAAGUCGCGUUUGGCCGCAGAGAACUUCGAACUGGUUCGCGCGAACCAGGAAUAUGAGGCACAAGUUGUCACUUUCUCCAAAACUAAGGCUGCUCUUGAAAGCCAGCUGGACGACCUUAAACGCGCCAUGGAUGAGGAUGCACGUAAUCGCCUAAACCUCCAAACACAGUUGUCAAGUCUACAGAUGGACUAUGAUAACCUCCAAGCUCGCUACGAGGAGGAAGCCGAGGCAGCAGGAAAUCUACGAAACCAAGUUGCCAAAUUCAAUGCCGAUAUGGCUGCCCUCAAGACCCGCCUGGAAAGGGAACUUAUGGCCAAGACUGAGGAAUUUGAAGAGCUCAAACGCAAGCUGACUGUUCGCAUCACUGAGUUGGAGGAUAUUGCUGAGCAUGAACGCACUCGUGCUAACAAUCUUGAGAAGACCAAAGUUAAGCUGACUCUUGAGAUCAAGGAUCUUCAGGCUGAGAAUGAGGCGUUGGCAGCAGAGAAUGGGGAGCUGACACACCGAGCGAAGCAGGCAGAGAAUCUGGCCAAUGAGCUGCAGCGUCGAAUAGACGAGAUGACAGUGGAAAUCAACACUCUUAAUUCGGCCAACAAUGCUCUAGAGGCGGACAACAUGCGCCUGAAAGGACAGGUCGGUGACCUCACCGACCGCAUUGCCAAUCUGGACCGCGAGAAUCGCCAGCUUGGUGAUCAAUUAAAGGAAACGAAAUCGGCCCUGCGUGAUGCGAAUCGCCGACUGACCGAUCUGGAAGCCCUGCGCAGUCAAUUGGAGGCAGAGCGUGACAACCUCGCCUCUGCCCUCCACGAUGCCGAAGAGGCACUGAAGGAGUUAGAGGCGAAGUAUGUUGCCUCACAGAAUGCCCUCAACCAUCUAAAGUCUGAGAUGGAACAGCGACUGCGUGAGAAAGAUGAGGAACUGGAGAAUCUAAGAAAGAGCACAACUCGCACAAUUGAGGAACUGACCACCACUAUCUCAGAGAUGGAGGUUCGCUUCAAGUCGGAUAUGUCUCGUCUGAAGAAGAAGUACGAGGCAACAAUUAGUGAGCUUGAGGUGCAACUAGAUGUGGCGAAUAAGGCGAACGCUAACCUUAACCGCGAGAACAAAGCCCUGGCCCAGCGGGUUCAAGAGCUGCAGGCUGCGUUAGAGGACGAGCGACGAGCUCGUGAAGCUGCAGAAGGUAAUUUACAGGCGAGCGAGCGAAAACGCAUUGCCCUCGCGUCGGAGGUGGAGGAGAUUCGCAGCCAACUGGAACUCAGUGAUCGCGCCCGAAAGAACGCUGAGUCUGAGCUCAACGAUGCUAAUGGACGCAUCUCGGAGCUCACCCUAUCAGUUAACACUCUUACCAAUGACAAACGUCGACUUGAAGGCGAUAUUGGUGUCAUGCAGGGCGAUCUUGAUGAAGCUGUCAACGCACGCAAGGCUGCUGAAGAUAGAGCUGAUCGCCUGAACGCUGAGGUACUUCGCUUGGCUGAUGAACUGCGACAAGAACAAGAAAAUUACAAGCGUGCUGAGACUCUGCGCAAGCAACUCGAGAUAGAGAUCCGUGAGAUCACUGUUAAACUGGAGGAGGCCGAGGCUUUCGCUACUCGUGAGGGUCGUCGUAUGGUCCAAAAGCUCCAGAAUCGGGUGAGAGAGCUUGAGGCGGAGCUGGACGGAGAAAUUCGUCGCGCUAAGGAGGCUUUCGCCAAUGCGCGCAAAUACGAGCGUCAAUUCAAGGAGUUGCAAACUCAAAGCGAAGAUGACAAACGUAUGAUCCUGGAGCUUCAAGAUCUGCUAGACAAGACUCAGAUCAAGAUGAAGGCCUACAAACGUCAGCUUGAGGAACAGGAAGAGGUGUCUCAGCUGACCAUGAGCAAAUAUCGCAAAGCCCAGCAACAGAUUGAAGAGGCAGAACAUCGUGCUGACAUGGCCGAGAGGACCAUCACCAUUAAGAGGACCAUUGGUGGACCCGGUUCCCGCGCCGUUUCGGUGGUCAGGGAGAUUAAUAGCGUCUCCCGUGGUAACCGUGCAACCAGUAUAAUGUAG